GUGCUCCGAAUAGUUCACCGAAUGGUAAAAGUCAAUUACCAACCGACUCACAGACUGGUGUCCCAUCAACGGGUAUUCCAGAAAGAGAUGCUUCGGAUAGUACACCAAAUACUACAAACGAUUUACCGAAUUCACAACAACCCGGGGAAUUUAAAGCAAACAUACCUUCAAUAAUUUUACCACCAUCCGAAGAUACUCCAGAAAAGAAUAAAUCGCUUAACCAACGAAACAGCACAAGUAGUGAUAAAUCAGAUACUUUGAUUUAUGUAGAUGAAGGUGAAAAUAAAUCAUCAACUGUUAGCUUAGAUUCACGUAAAUCUGUAGUAUAUGUUGAUGAAGAUGGCAAUGAACUUUCACCUGAUGAAGCCGAAAAUAUAAGAAAUUCAGUUGUAUAUGUUGAUGAAGAUGGAAAGUCACUUUCACCUGAUGAAGCCGAAAAAAUAAGAAAUUCAGUUAUAUAUGUUGAUGAAGAAGGCAAUAAACUUUCACCUGAUGAAGCCGAAAAGAUAAGGAAUUCAGUUGUAUAUGUUGAUGAAGAUGGAAAGUCACUUUCACCUGAUGAAGCCGAAAAGAUAAGGAAUUCGGUUGUUUAUGUUGAUGAAGAUGGAAAGCCGAUUGAUAUAAACACGGUUGAUCCAGAAAUACGUAAGAGUAUAGUGUCCAUGACUGAUAAACCAAUUGAAGUUAAAGAAUUAAAUCAAGAAAACUAUGCAGGUGAAGGAACAUCAAAAAGUGUAAAUAACCUCAAUUUAGAAGUUGAAGAUAAAAAUCCUGCUAACUUUGACGCAUCACCUACUAAUAAUACUACAUUUGGAUUAGGAUUAGCUACUAGACUUAAGAAAAUCUUUAAAAAAAAUAAAUAG